GCAAACAACCUGCUCUGUGUGACGCGGGUCCGGUUGUAAGUAUGUGGUAGGCCUACAGACCAUUUGAAAACACUUUGGUAGUACAACGAUCGACACACUUCAAUCCAGCAGGUGGCGGUAAUUCCAAAGUAGCUGGUCUGCAACUUCCCAAAACCAUAGAGACACAUCGAAAGGAAGCAUAACACCGAUUACAACUUGGCCAUGGCGAAGAUGGAUCAGUCGACGGCUUUAAAAUCCUUUAUUGGAAUGACCAAACCUGCUAUGGUUGAAGUGGGUAACUCUUACAAGUGUUCACUGUGCAAGAAGGCAGGCGAUUACGCAUCUCUAGUGCCCCACAUUCAAACCCAUUCAAGAAACGUCCUCACGUAUAAAGGAAUACAAAUAUACAGAUGCGGCUUAGACUGCUGCGACGUGCCACACUACCACUGUUGCUUUUGUAAUCAAAGUGUCGUCUUGAAAAAUGUGUUUAUAAGGCAUCUGAAAAGAUGCGACGAAUGUCUCACACAUAAGGCAAAUGCCAAACAGACUUGUUCCGGUGAUCAGAACAGUAACAGGACUACAGCCUCAUCUCGGCCGUCGGCGAAUGCCCCUUCCGUGGGCAUUGUGGUACAGACCUCGGCUGGACCCGCGUUGCUGCGAACUACACCCGUUCAGUUGCAAGGCACAGCAGGACAUUUGUUGCUGCUUCAAACCACAGCGACCGCAUCCUCGCCAAAGCAAGCCUCAACAGUGAAGUCCUCGCCUCAAGAAACGACAACAGUAACAACCACGUCCACUUCUAAUAAAGCUCUAACAACUACAUCCUCGCAGGAUGACGAGCCAACAACUACAUCGUUUCCAUCACAAGCCCCUGAGUUGCAGACCCCAACCACUGCAGCUAUGGAGCUGGCCCCCGAUCCUAUGGAAACCUUACCGAACACCACAGCCACGUCACCAUCGCUGCCGCAAACAACCGCUUCGUCUCCUUCACCGCGGCAGCCCACAACGGCACCAUCGUGGCAGCAAACGUCGGUCACCUCGUCCUCUGCAGAUCAAGCUUCAACAGGCACACCCUCUGAAGAGCAGGAAUCCUUGUCCGCAAACCCGGUGUCCCCCUCUCACUCGCCACCUCCCUCAGCGUCCGAAAUGGCCGAAAUGUCAUCUCAGUCCGAGUCCAAAGAGCAGAGGCGAAGGAUGAAGUGUCCCCACUGUCCCAUGGUUCUCUUUAAACGCAAUCUGAAGGUCCACAUAACCCGACACCAUAAGGACCUGCCGGUGCCGGCACGAGAGAACCCCAAAAGGACGGCGCAGCUCAAGAGUGUUUGGGUGGACCGGAAGAACGGGAUCGUGGCUGUCCGGAGACAUGCGCGCGGGUUCCUGGCGCCGGUGCAUGCCCAGCGGAAGGUCUACGAUGGCCAGGUGGUCCGUUGCGACCUCAAGGAGUGUCACCAGUUCCAGCAGAUGGCCAAACGCCACGGGCUGAGUGUCAGCCACUGUCAGCACACGAAGGAUCUGGACCUCUGCAACGAGACGGUGCCGUAUGUGGUCCUGGACCAGGAGGUGCUGGACGAGAUGGUCGUCGUCAAGCAACUCAGCGACGCCAAGCGAGCCGUGUGCCUGAGGAGACAGAAGAUGGCCCAGGCCGCCAAGAUUCCCUUCUCGGUGCGGGUGGACCUGGGUGGGGCGCCGCGCCGUGUCUUCGUCUCCGUCCACGAGUCCAAAACGAACGAGUUCAGCUGUCUGGGCAGGGUCAUGGUGAGCUACAACGUCGACCGCAACGAGUGGCACUGUCCGUGCACGAAACCUCACAUCUCGUGCGUCCACAAGAACAUUGCGAAAUGGCAUGUCUUCCAGACCAACCGGGACUUAAUCAAGGGCGCAGGUUUGCCCUCCAGGAAUGCUUCUGGGCGAGGGAACGUGGACUCCACCAACGACACCAACUCUGCCAACGGCGUCGUCAAGCGCAGUGUGGAGUACAUUUACGAGCAUAAAAGAAUCCCCGCCGAGCUACCAGAGGACCUGACCAACACUGUGUUUGAGUUCCCCGCACAUUUGUUUCCAGUGGAGACGACCUGCGACCUUUGUUUACACGAGCCGAGCCUUGAGGAAUCAGAGAUCGUGACAGACCAAGCCAAGAUUGUCACCAUGAUGGGAGUAGCUGACCACAUAUCCACGUACAUCAGGCGUUGCCCAGACUGCCAAGUCCUCUACCGGUAUCAGGAAUGGCAAGAUGGCCUCCACAACUUCGACAAUCAUCUCAUUCUGAGUAUAGAGCUCUGCCUCUAUCUCAGACACAGUUUACAGAACCAAACUCCGGUGUCCAGAGCCGUUCAGACGCUGGAGAGCUUGCGGAAUGUCCGAUUCCCCUCAGCAGAAGAUCUUCUCAACGCUUACUCCCACUUUGAGGCGAUGAAUGGCAUCGAAAACACAGACUCUGCCAUUGAUGACAAUGACUGCAGGCCUGCUCUUGUAGCGGAUCUUCACAGGAAGGCUUUCCUGACCCUUCAUUGGAGAUGAUUGCGUGUGUGUGUGCGCGCGUGCAUUUGUGCAUGCGUGCGUGUGCAUGGGUGUGUGUGUGUGUGUGUGUGUGUAAAUUGCGAGUAUGUUACCAAAGUCAGUGGAUGUCAGUUCUGCAUGAUGCAUGAAUGCGGAACAGUAAUACAGAGUCUUCAGAAAGGAAAAGUCUUAACCAUGCAUUUAUUCUUCUGUUCGUUCACUUAACACAGCUAAUUUGACUAAUCAGCUAGUCUUUCUUUCUGAAGGGUUGUGCUAAGUAGAAUCAGCUGAUACACGGAGUCCUGCACGGGUCCGUUUUUGGAGACCAGCCCCCGCCCGUACCCGUAAUACCCGUAAAGUUCAGCACCAGAUCCGACCCGUCACCCGUGAUAUCGAAAUUAUAUCUGGACCCGCCCAGACCCGUUAAUAUUUGGCCUGUUACCCGACCCGUGCCCGCGAUAAAUCACACACGAGCUAAAAUCAUUCCAAUUAAAGUCUCGCACCUCUCAACUCUAUGGAACAGCCUAACGAGUGCUUUCUUUCAUGCUAUUGGAGCACGUAGGGCUACAAACAUGACCUAAUACAAAUAUGUAACGCGCCCCUGUCAACUUUCACAUUCAGUAUUUCACAUUCAAUCUAAAUCUUAAGCUAAUGAACAAUAUAGCUUAAAGUGCGCUUUCUUUUACGCUAUUCAAGUAGCCUACCAUCGGUAGGCUACCUUUAAAUAGGCGAUGGAAUAUAAUUCGAGCAUUUUUAUUUCACAUUCCGUAUUAGUGCUAAAUUUUAUAAUAACGAACCAUAGCCCAAAACUUGCUGCAUCAGAACAUUACACAAAUGGACCUAUUCAUAUUACAAGAAAAAAAUACAACCUGAGCAUCACCAGCAACUAUAUGUAGGCCGAUGCCUAUCCUGACAACGCUCCAACUACGAGAUGCAUCGAAGAAAUCAAAGUCGCAGUAGUGACGUGAUGGUCAAGGUCGUAGGCUAUCGUUGACUAAAACACACCACAGUGUGAUGUAAUGGUAAUUUAGACAUUACACAUAUUUUUUUCAUUUAUGUUUUAUUUCAGCAAACUAAAAUACUGUUGUGGUUUUCAUCCGUUACUCGCCCGCAAGGAGUUCCUUAUCCGCCCUCACCCCCACCCGUGAAUUUUAGGAAUGUCAUAAUCCACCCGUUUGAGCUACUUUUAUGCGGGUACCCGCGGGUACACGACCCGUUGCAGGACUCUGAGCUGGUUUAGUAAAUUAUGCGAAGUACAUGUAAAGCACACCAAAGAUUCUUUUGUGGGGUGCUGGCCACUAGUAAAAAGUUCAGUGAUAGAGAAGUGUUGUGCCCUCUGGCUCCAUAUGAGAAGGUUUAUUAGGUGCUUGAUUAAUACACCUGUGGAAAGGGACCUGAAAAAUAGGAUAUGAUCUGAUCUAGGCCGAAACCUCAUUGCCUGAUAAGUAUAAGUAUAUAUACUCUUUUGAUCCCGUGAGGGAAAUUUGGUCUCUGCAUUUAUCCCAAUCUGUGAAUUAGUGAAACACACUCAGCACACAGUGAGCACACAGUGA